GUUUGGCCUCGCCGCCGCCCCGUAGUUCCCAUAGUAACGGCAGGGCCGCCGCGGCCUACCUCGAUUUGUGCGGCGGGUUUUUCUCCCCGGUUCCCCGCCGGAGUGAAACGGGCGGCUCGCUGCAUCCCAGGAACCCCGACGUGAUGCCUGUUUGGUGCACCGGGAUGAGGCCCCCCUCCCCUUAGGACACCCCCAGGAAGGGAUGCAUCGGGCCAAGAAAGCCGAAGGCGCCAGGAAAACAGCAGCCGCAGGCAGCGCGGGGAAGAGGACGUCUCCAGGCCGUGGAAUGAGAGAGAAAAGCGAGACCCAGGAGAGGAAAACCUGCUCGGCUCCUUCUCAGACUUCGGCCCUGAAGCCGCGGCCUCGGCCGAGCGAUCGACUUAAUCCCAAAACCAUCGAUCCGUUCAAUGUUCAGUCAAGAGUACCUUCCGCCUUUGCAGCCAUUUACUCUAAAGGGGGCAUCCCUUGCAGAUUAAUCCAUGGCUCCAUAAGGCACAAAUUGCAAUGGGACAGUCAUCCUGCAACACUUCCGUUUGACCCUCUUCUUAUUAAUUUAGCAGAGGGGCUCAAAGAAACCAGGCACCCGUAUACGUUCAUCUCCCAGGAGGGCUUCAAAGAACUGCUCUCUGUGGAAGGCGCUGCUCAGAAAACUCUUCCGUUGCUGCCUCGUCUCGUUCCAGUCUUAAAAGGUGCUUUGGCCCAUUCAGAUGAUGAAGUGUUUAGAAGAGGACUGAAUGCUUUGGUCCAGUUGAGUGCUGUGGUUGGCUUUUGGCUUAAUGGCCACCUGAAGCAUCUGCUUUCUAGUCUUUCCAAGAGACAGAUGAGCAAGAAGUUCAAAGAACAAACUAUGGAGGCUUUGCAAAAACUGGAGCAAUACGGCGGAAAAGAAAGCCUGACUAUUAUAAAGGCAAAGAUUCCGACAUAUUCUUCAAUUUCUUCCUAAAGAACGUGAUGAAGAGGCUUCUCUUGCAACUGUAUUGGUGUUACCUAUUUUUCUAGAGUGUGUUUGGUUCUGUGAUCUUUCAGGGGAAGAAGUGAGUAAUAUUUAAAAUUAAGACGAGUGUCAAGAAUAAAAGUGUCCUGGAUACUUAAUUAUGAAAAAUGCUUAGGAAUGGCACCAUCUUUGCUUUAGUCCCUUUUCUGGGGACUAAAGUCUUUGCUGGUUUGUUAAAAUUAUUAUGAAACAGUAAUUAUUACUAUUUUUUUUUAAAUUGUGGAUCCUUUACUUGCUAGGCUUAACCCUUACCUAAAACCUCUGUGCAUGAUUGUUACUAACUCUAGAUGCUGCUGCACGAGGGCGCUAAAGACCUUUUCCAUUGCUGGUUAAGGAGGUCUUAAAAGGAUCUGAAAUCGCUAAAGCUGGAAGGGAUUGUUUCUCAGUUAAUAAUAUUUGUUGAUAGGGAUGGUUUCAUUUUGAUAGUGUUCUUAAAGAACCCACUAUAUUGUGGGUUCGGGAUUGGAAAAUGUACAUAGUUUGUUCUUUUGGGACGGAAGUCUUUUUUCCAAUGUGCUCAGAAUACUUUAUGUCUCCAUCAAACACAAAGAUUUUUAUGAGUAUUAAAUAAAAAUAUUUAAUUGCA